AUGAGCACCGACCUGUACAGACUUACGGCCACCGAGGUCCUGCAGAAGACCAAAUCUGGCGAGGUCUCAGUAGAAGAGUACGCAGCGUCACUUCUGAAGCGAAUCGAGGCGCGAGAUGAGGCCGUUCAGGCUUGGGCGUAUUUGGACUCAGAAUAUGUAAUCAAGCAAGCAAAAGCACUGGAUGCCAUCCCGAAAUCAGAUCGAGGACCACUACACGGAGUGGCUAUUGCUGUGAAAGACGUCAUCUUUACAAAAGAUAUGCCUACGCAGUUCAACUCACCUGUGUACAAAGACAAUGCGCCGAAAGUUGAUGCAGGUUCCAUCAUGGUGCUGCGGAAAGCGGGUGCACUUAUCUUGGGCAAGACGACCACAACUGAGUUCGCAGCAACUACUGUAGGCCCCAAAACACGGAAUCCAUACGACUCAUCGCGUACGCCUGGCGGCUCUUCCUCAGGCUCGGGUGCCGCUGUUGGCGACUUUCAAGCGCCCGUCGGUCUCGGAACUCAGACCGGUGGUAGCACAAUUCGCCCUGGCUCUUAUAACGGCAUUUAUGCCUUCAAGCCCACAUGGAACACUGUUACUCGCGAAGGCCAGAAGAUAUACGCUCUCAUCCUGGAUACCCUUGGAUUCUAUGCUCGCAGCAUCGCUGAUCUCGAGCUUCUUGCCGAUGCGUUUGCCAUCUUCGAUGAUGUCCCUGCUCCGCUAGACUUCACGAUCAAGGGCGCAAAAUUUGCGUUUCUGAAGACCAUGGUCUGGCCGAACGUCGGUCCUGGUACAACUGAGGCGCUUGAAAAGGCAGUUUCUUUACUUCGUGCCCACGGCGCACAAGUUGAGGAAUGUUUUUUGCCUGAGCAGCUCACAGAUCUCCCCGCUUGGCAUGCGACAGUACUCGCCUCCGAAGGCCGCACAGCGUUUCUACCCGAAUAUGCUGUUGCCAAAGAGAGUAUCUCAAAACAGCUUGUAGGUCAUGUGGAAAACAGUGAGAAAAUUUCGCGGAAAGCUCAGCUGGAGGCGUUUGACAACAUCUCUACGGCCAGACCUGUCGUGGAUGAAAUCCUUAGCCGAUACGAUGCAGUUAUCACACCAAGCGUGCCAGAUGAGGCGCCUUUGGGGAUCGAGAAGACUGGAAGUGCGGCAUUCUGCUUGAUUUGGACGGCAUUACACACUCCUGUAGUCAAUGUGCCAGGGUUCUGUGGCGAACACGGGAUGCCGAUCGGUCUUUCACUAGUUGCCCCUCGCUAUCACGAUAGACGAUUACUUGCAGUGAGUAAGAAAGUUGGGGAGAUCUUUGAAGCAGAGGGUGGAUGGAAGCGAUCAGUUUGA